AUGGAGAAUGAUUUUCGAUGGAGCAGCAAACUUCAAAGGAGUCGAAAUUGGGCAGUACUGAUUUCGGAAUCUGUACAGCAUUAUCGAGCAUCGGCAAAUAUCAGAUUCCUUUGUGCCAAUAAUAUGGCUGAAUACGAAGCAUGCAUACUUGGGAUCAGAAUGACAGUCAACUUGAAUGCUAGAACGCUUUUGGUCAUAGGGGAUUCUAGUCUACUAAUACAUCAGGUCCAAGGGGAAUGGUCCAUCAAAAAUGUCAAGAUACUUCUGAUUCAGAACGAGUUCGUCGAUGCCCUUGAAACCAUAUUAUCUAUGAUUCAGCACCCAGACAAGAACUACAUCAACUUUAUUGAGGUAGAGAUCAGGGAUCAACAUGCUUAUUGCUUCCAUGUAGAUAAGGAACCAGAUGGUAAACCAUGGUAUCACGACAUCAAGAAAUUCCUUGCAACCAGAGAAUACCCGGAGAAUGCUACAAAUGGUCAAAAGCAAGCCCUCAGGAGGCUGGCUAACCACUUUUUCCUCAAUAGGGAAAUCAUGUACAAGAGGACCCCAGACAUAGGUUUGUUAAGAUGCGUAGAUGUUGCCGAGGUAGUCGGAUUAUUGGAGGAGAUACAUGGAGGAAUGUGUGUAUCCCACAUGAACGAGUUCACUUUUGCCAAGAAGAUAUUGAGAUCUGGAUACUUUUGGAUGACUAUGGAAAGCCACAGUAUCCACUAUGUGCAGAAGUGUCACCAGUGCUAG